AUGGACCUGCAGUCUCCGUCUGUGUUGGCACAAUUGCCCCGCCCCCUCCACGCCUCCUCCGGCAAGACUCGCAUUGGCGACGUCUACAGCCUCGCUGAUGCUAAAAAGCGCAAGCGUUAUGAGGUUGCUGUUGCGGUCGACGGUGAAGCCAUCAAUAUUUAUAAUGUGCAAACCCCCAAGCUCGUGACCUCGUACGCUGUUCCGCCGCAGUCGACGUUCUCUUGUCGCCCAUGCUCCGUUCGUCGGAAGAUCUCGAAAAAGUCGGUGGUGAAAAGGCAGACAUAUGCUGCUGCGAUAAAGCCAGAGCAUCAGAUUAAGUGCUUCGUGGAAGAAAUCAGCAACGGAUCAAGCGCACCGGCAAUUUCUUCGUCAACAGCCACCAUCACGGAUUCACGCAGCCCGACAACUUUUGUGGGAAUUAUUCCUCUUAGUGCAGAUGAUGAGAGUGAACUCGAUCCUUUCGAUGUCCUUGCAGUCCAUGAAGAUGGCCGUGUACGCAGAUUGUCAGCCGAUCUGAAAACCCAGCGUUGGAGUAUCCAACACAGUGAAAUCGCCAAGGUCUCUUCCACCCACGUCGUCAACACUUGUUUCUUGAUCGAUCUGGAAGAUGCGCGCAAGUCUUUGUUCAAGAGACGCCAGGACUUGGCUGCACUCGCUCUGGGCGACGAAGCGGUAGAUGGAACAAACGAGCCGUCCAUCUUGCUCGUUGUUUCGCACCCCAAGAAUGCCGAACGAUUUGCGCUGCAGGAUGUGAAUGUUCAGAUGUUCUCGGUGCCGGCCAAGUCAGGAUCUCAGGAAGAAAGCCAACGCCUCCGCCACCUCCAAACAAUUCAGGUACCCGGCCCAAGCGGAAUCGACAAAGUCAACAGCCAUAGCCUACAGUGGAACUUCCAUGCGGGAUCAGCGGGCCUACACCUUUCUUUUGACAAGGGAUUCAUCAACACAGACCUAUCCCAAUAUGCUCCAUCGGUGACAUCACAGUUUAUUCUUGAUGACGAGAAUUUCUCUUCCGUGAUGCGUGUCUCUCCCCAAUGUGUCAUUGGCGCCAGUGAUUCCUUGGUCGCACUUUACGAUACUCAAUACCAAUCCGUUCAGCGGAGCAUUGCUGCUGGUGAAGUCUUGUCUGGAACAGGUUCAAGUGCACCCAUCGCCUUCAUCAGUUAUUUUGCGAAGCUGGGAAUUGCAGUAGCCGUCAAGGGAAACACUCUUAUCGGUUUUGACUUAACUUCCCUUCACAGCAACUCCGGGCCUUCCCUCAAGCGAUCCCGCGAUGGCCUUCUCAUUGAUGCUAUUGGACGCGGCAUUGGCGCAUCUUCUGCACAGUGGGAUCUGGCAUCCAAGAAGCACCGAUCUGAGAAUAUGACUUCGCUCCACCUUACUUCCCCCGAACAGGUGGAGAAAUGGAAUCAGUUGACAAAAUCCGUGAAUGAAGCGACCACAUCCAAAAACACCAGUCUCUUCGAUAAAGCUGUGCAGUCCUACUUUGGCUCCACCCUACCUCCACGAGGACAAUACGUCAACCCCGAAUCAACCCUCUUCCUACUGUCCAAGAUCUUUACAGUUGAGAACUCUCUGACUGGAGGUGACGUUGUGUCGUCUCCAUCAUCUCAGUUGCGCAUUGUGCUUUGGCCUCGCAUCACUUGCGCCUGGUUGAUUUCCCUGGGUCAACUUUCUUCCGAUAAUGUCGAAAUCGCACUUCGGCGCACCUUGAAGCCGCGCAUCCUCCAGCCGCUAGCCACUGGAUCUUUUAUCCAGGCAUUUAUCGACUCCGAUUCAUCCCUGAAGAAUGUCAACCACGUCCUUAGUGGCCCUUCUGCCCUCUCCGCUGAUGAAUUGGCUUACGCAUUGAAGUACUUCUUGAUCGAGGCGCGUCAGCGUUCUGGUGCACUGGAGGAGACUACCCGAGCCAUCACCAAUGGCGAUAUUGCUACACCUACCCAGGAGCUUACACGCCACUUGGGAGACGAGACGGCCACCGUCAAAGCAGUCUUCAAGGGGCUGAACACCAGCAUUCAAAAGAUCCAUGCCCACCCUCUUUCAUCUGUCACAAAGGCUCUCCGCUCCAACCUGUCGCGCCAAGAACUUAUCUCCAUGAUUCAUCACCUUCGCCUUUCUCUCGCCACCGGCGGCUACAUGUCUCGGUUCUCCGAGAACCCUCCUACCCCCAUCACCAUUGAUCAGAUCACCCCUUCCCUUUCCCUCCAAACCAUCAGUGACAUGCUCACUUCCUCCGUUGAUGCCGUCGGUCCCUCCGGCUGGAUUUCCGCUCUCACCUCUGUGAACGACCUUGAUGAUGAGACCGACUCGACUAUUGCCGCAGCCACCCGCGAGAUGGAACUCAUUUCCGAUAUGCGAUCUGAGAUUUCAGCUACCUUGGGUGGUGUGGAGGAAGCAACCUACUUGAAGGGUAUCCUCCGCGAGUACCUGCGAUUUGCCGACCAAGUCACCACCCCGAAAUCUACUGGUGGAACUGCCGUUGCGAAGGUCGAGAAGGAGCCUACUCCUGGCCCAUCUCAUCUUGUCCGUCAUGAGAAGGUCAACGGCGCUGACCUGUUAAUCUUUGCUCGUCCCGGUGAGAGUGAGGAUGGUUAUGAUGGUGAUGCCAGUGGAAAGAUGCUGCCGCUGUCGAUGAAACCUGUCUCCACCGAUGUGUCUCGGACUAAGGUCAAGAAGUCAACGGGUGAAAGCAAGGCUCGCAGUAACCGUGAGAUCAGUUACAUGCGUCGCAAGGAGGUUGGCAAGUACUCUUUCGAGAGGCUUUUGGUAUAA